AUCCAGAAUGCACUGUGUGUGUGUGCACAAUGUACGUGUACAGCGAGCAAUAGGACAGUCUGGCACCAUGUUGGGAUACUGUGCUUGUGCAGUGUAUUAUGGUAGAGGUAUUAUGCGGCCAGCCUCCACAGAAUACAUUGUGUGAUGUGACCCUGCUUUAUGGGUUUGUAUUAUGAUCGGGCUUGUGAAAUGGUCGGACUGCCACAAGUUGUUGUUUUGCCCGUGGUGUUGAGAUGGUGGUUUUUUUCACAGAACUGCUCCAGUGAGCACCAUCGCUGGACACUCCUUUAGCACUGGCUGAGCCUACCCACCCUGGCAUACAGUCUGAUCGCCCGUGCUUUGUUGCUGCUCGGCGCUGGGGAAUGAAUAACUCUGUACAGUCAGCACUAAGGAAUCUCAGUUUCCAGCGAAAGGAGAACAGUGUGUCGGUCGUGAGUGUGGUAAACAGAGGCGAGUGGCUGUUGGCCAUGCAGUAACCCAGGAUCUGAUCAGAUUGUACACAUGUGUGGCUGUUGUCAUCAGGUUAUCAUCAGUGUACACCAACACAACAGUGUGCGAAAAAUCUCGCCUCUUGUCAACGACCAAAUGUGAUACUGCGUUUCGUGUGAUGAAUUUCAUGAAUUUGCACGCAUGAUAUGGGAACCGAAGUUGUAUAGUCGGUGAAAACACAACAUCGAGAACCGUCUCGGCUGGCUUCAGAACACAGUGGUUGUACGGUACAUUUGCGUGUACCCUAUGAGACAGCGGCAGCGAUCGAGCACAUCACACGGGCAUACUACUGCACACACGCAGAGUGAGAGCCCAAGUCGCAAGCGCAGAAGAAUGUCGCAAGGUGCGGUGGACCUGUCCACGUCGCCCAGCCCGCCCAGCCUGGUCCGGCCCUGGCAGACCUCGACCAGCCUGGGCAGCGGCCAAUGGCCCGGCGGAAUCGGCCAGGGGACGGGCUACCAGGGAAGCAGCCGCUACAGCCCCGGCGACUGGUGCAAUAGCUCUGGCUGGAGAACGGCUGGCAGAAGAAGUCCGCCAUCAAUGAGGAGGCAGAGCCAACGGCAGCGCGAGCGACAGCUCCGCAGCCAGAACAACCAACAGCAGCAGCAGCAACAGCAGCAGCAGCAGCAGCCGACGGCGAGCGGUGGGGAGCGACGGGCGUUCCAUCCGCCCAAUCUCCAGACGACGCACCACGCCACCGUGCUUCCUCCCCCACCCUCGCACCAUCUGCCCUUCCAGCCCCACAUCAUUAUUGACCUCAGCAGUGAUGUCAGGGCUCACGUGCCAACCACAGCGCCCAUCUCAAUCCCCGUCUCGGUUCCGUCCUACGCCGUGCCCAUGUGCACCGCCCACACCAUCCCGACCUGCAGUCUGCACCACGGGCCCUACGCGCCCAUCCCAGUCACCGCGGGCGGCCGGCCGGCCCACCAUGGCCCUCCGCCCCCACCCGCGCCGAUCCCCAUCUGCAGCAUGGGUCACAUCCCCAUGUGCAGCGUGCACAUCCCGGCCUGCAGCGGCCACCACCUGCCGGUCUCGCAGGCCUCCAUGCCUCAUGUCUUACCUCAGGAGUCGUUAAUGACGCAUGUACACCACCACCACGUGCCUCCACAAGUGCAGUAUUUUGCUGCCCCUCCGCCCACGCAGACGAGAUCUUCGGAGGUAGAGAUCAUCGGAGAGAGGCCCGCAGCAUUCCACGUGCCUUCCUCAACUCAACACAACCCCUCCCUCACCCCUUCCCCGCCGCUUCACCUUCUCCAAGAGUCCAUCUUGCGCAAUCAGGACAUGCAUCACAUGCACGCGUACCGGAGUCUGAACACCAUCAGGCAGCAGCAGCAGCAGCAGCAACAGCGGAGGGCCCAAGCCACGCGGCCCUGGAGGAACCAGGUCUCGUCCUCGGUGCCAGUCCAGCCCUCGUACCCUCCCACCCUCCUCCUGCGAUACCUGUUUCCGAGUCCACCGGUCAACCAGAUGGAGCUGGAAAACGAAGAUGCAGAAGUCGAAAACUACGAGGCUCUUCUGAAUCUUGCCGAGCGUCUUGGUGAGGCCAAACCGCGAGGCCUGACAAAAGCCUACAUCGAUCAGCUGCCCUCCUACCUGUACAAGCCGGACACCCACCAGUCCAUCAACGACCAAACUUGCUGUGUGGUGUGCAUGUGCGACUUUGAGGCCCGUCAGCUGCUGCGCGUCUUACCGUGCAGCCAUGAGUUCCACGCCCGCUGCGUGGACAAGUGGCUCAAGACCAACCGCACCUGUCCCAUCUGCCGAGCCGACGCCUCCGAGAUGAACAACCAGUCAGAUUAGACGCCAGGUGAGGAGCGGGGCGCCCCCUGGAGUCAGGACGUUAGUCGCCAACCGACGCUCGUCCGGAGAAGUUUCACUUUUCUCGAAUCAUCGUCUACUUUGUUUUUCUUGAAAUAGCGGGUAUUGCAUCAAAAGUUGUGUUGCCGUCGUCGUGGGGACGUGUGGUGUUUACACGAAUCAUUUACACUUCUCAGUAUGUUUUGUUUUUUUUGUACUUUCAGGUAUUUUUUUUUUCCUUUUUUGAUUUGAAAUCACAUUGAUUUUUUUGUUGUGCCUUAAUAUUACUCUGUGUGAGUUUUUUCAUGUCAGGUAUUUCAUAAUCGUUUUACAAUGGCAUUUUUUCUUCUCGUUUAUCACAGUUGUCAUUUAAUCAUUUUCUUAAAUAAUCUAUCUCUACCACUCUUUCUGUGUAACAUUGUUUGUGUUUUUUUGGGCUUGUAUUUUGAUUUUCACGUUCAGUGAAUUUGCAUUUCAAUUCUUGGAUCUUUCACAGUAAAAAUUUUCAAAGGCCUUAAUAGGAAAAAAAGUGUUUACUGUAGCCAAGGCAUUCGAUGGUAGAAGCAUGACAAUUAGAGCUAUAGUAUGCUGUGAAAUCUACCACAACAAAAAAUACUGUUCAUUGCAUGUUCUGUGUUUAUACAAUGUACAACAUUUCCCUUGGGCUGUGUUUUAGCUCUUAACCAAUGUCAAUGCCUGGCACAGGUUUUCUUCAGCAAGUGUCCUCGUGCGUACAGUUUUUUGGACUUUCAGCUCUUACAACAUUUGUAGUUAAAACAAAAAAAAGAAGUAAUAACUUAACUAAAGUCAUCUUGAACUUCCAAUGUGCCUGGCUGUAGGGUAGAGGGCAGUGCUGUUUUUUUGGUAAAACAUGUACAUGUAUAAGUCUGGUGGUGUGGGUUUUUAUCAAGUAGGACCGUUGUCACUUUUGCGGACAUGUUGUCACUUUUUCUCUCUUUACAUGGUCUCUUUGAAUCAAUGUUAAAUAGAAAUAACCAUCGUUAAACACACAGCUCGACGUUAACCACGCAAUCCGUAGUUUAGCCAAUCGGAAAUGAUCUUAUAUAGCGUCAGACCAGUCGGUCCUUGUUAAAAUAGAGGCUAGCAGGAAUGUGGUGCCCGCCUCCCCCCUUGAUGUUAAUGGACUCUUCUGAGACUUUUGAGAAGGGAUCACCCAUUUAUUCCAAGGGGGGUUGUUGGUAUUGCACUUCGUAGUGACUAAGAGGUGGUAGAGCAGAGAAUUUUUUGUGUGAAAUUUAGUCCUUUUUUUGUGAUCAUUAACUUUUCGAUGUGUAUUAUGCGACUUUUGUUGAAAAACUAAAAAAAAAAAAAAUUUGAAAAAAAAAAAAAAUUGAUGAACUUCUAUUUGCGAUUAACCAAACUAUAGUAUUCUUUAAAAUAUUUCCAUUUAAUACUGCAUUUAUAUCAUCGUUGUCAUUUUUGUUGCCUUUUUGCGGGAAUAUAUCGUUUUUUAUUUUAAUUUGUACUCGUUUUUGUUUUUUGGGGAAAACAGAAAAAAAAAUACUCUAGAGAGAAAUGCUUUGAAUUAACAACUUAUAUAGAUUGUAUUUAUGCAAUAGUUACACACGUGAGGUGCUUUUUUUAUAGGAGUCUUUACGAAAACUUUGAAUCUUUGCAGGAUGUUUGUGUGCGCGUGUGUGGUAGUGGGAGUGCAUGCGUGUGUGAGAGUGCGUAGUGCUCUGUAAUUGCAACCAGUGUUUGCUGAAGUUUAAUCUUCGAAAUUUAUAAAACAGUAGUGGAUGCUAAUUAGAAUAAAAAGAGUUCAAAGUUCAAAUGUCUCAGGGUCAUAUGUGUACUUUAAAAAACCUUAACAGCUUUGUGGCAACAUUUACGUCUUUAGUCUUUUUUUUUUGCUUUUUGUAUUCCACUUUGUACUUGAUCUUUUAUUUAUAAUAUUUUUUUUAGUUUGUUGAUUCUUUUUGACAAGAUUCAUGGCGUGAUCUCUUAUAUACAAGUAUGUAGUUGUUUACAAAUAACCAGGCAGUAUGAAUAUUUUUGUUUAUCGUACCAUUCCAACUUUUACUGUGGGAAUUAUAUUUGUCAGUUCACUUCAGUGCCGAAAGUCGUUUCACUGGUAACCGUGUCUUCAAACGUGAGUGCAUGCUAGUUACAUGUAAAGUGGUGGCCUGGUAUCCAGUAGAAAAGUUUGUUUCCAUUUGCAGAAGUUGCCGUGGUAAAAAAUUGGUCCAAUUUUUUGAAAUAUUCAAGCAUUCCUUUUUUGUUUGUGAUUGAGUUCAAUUCAUUUUUGACUUGAUUUCAUUCCUUUUUUAAAUUUUUUUUUUGAAAUUUCUGUUUACUGUCACGUCUGUUUCUCAGAUCAUAAUUAUGGGAUUUUUUUCCUCAUUUUUAUGCAGCUUUCCAAAAUUAUUUUAAAAAAAACAACCUCAUUCUCAGAGCGCCAACCUUGAUGGGUGCUGUUCCAUAUCAAACGUCUUGACACUUUAAGAAUGAGGUUGCAGAAAAACAAAAACAAAAAAAAACAACCUCAACUAAGUGUAUAUGCCUUUGUAUGAACCUUGAGUGGAAUUUAAAGUUGCAAGAACGUUCGCUAUUUUAUAGGAUAUGAAUACAGUGAUUCAUAUUGAGUGAAUCCAGCUAUUUCUGCUGUAAAAAAAAUGCCUAGUUGGUAUUAUUGUACGUGUACAUUUAAGGUUUCUUCAGGGACCAAAUGCGAUAACGGUUUGUUUUGGGGAAAUUGUUUUUGUUUUCAUUGUAACUUGAGAAAAUAUAGUAUACCAGUGUGCCUAUAGAACGUUGUUUAGAUAGACGUCGGUUUUUUAGUCGUGCAUUAUCUUGUACUCCGUGAGUAAAUCUUUAACUUUUGCUACUGUUUAACAAUUCCACUAAGACAAUCUGUUUUACUAGAAAUUCAUCCUGUUUUGGGCUGUUUUUUUUUUUUUUUAUAUAUAUUCAAACCUGCCCAAGUUUCGUAUUUUUUGUGACUAACAUUUUUGUUUUGUUUUGUAAUCUCAAAACGAAUUCUGAAAUUUUUUUUUCCAUAUGGAUUUUUGUGUGCAAAUCAUUACAGGAUUUCAUUUGCAUUUAUUUUUUUUUCUGACAAAACAAAUUCCACUGCUUCGUUGUUUUUGCUUACAUUUACUUUUGUGUCUCUUGGCCACAUUGCACUCUAAUGUUCAUUUAAAAUGUUUAAAAAAAAUACAUAAUUUUUAUCAUUCUCACUAAUGAGCCAAUCACAAUGUCCAGAUACUGUCAGGUGACGAAAUUCCAGCCAAUCACCUUAAAGGGAAUUUUCUUUCCAUGGGUGUUUUUUUGAUACAUUUUUUUUCUAAUCAAUCAAUGACAAAAUCACUUUCAAUAGCCAGUGAGGGUGCAACUAAAAUACUACAACCAUUAAUUUGGACGCUCUUCAUUUGAACAAUUAAUUCCUAUAAGCUGCACAAAGUUCACUUGUCGGAGACAAAAAAAAAGGGAUUUUGUGAAGUCUUUUAUAAUUCCAGAAAAAAAAAUUGAAGCAGCACAAAAUUAAAAAGGCAUUUGACACAAAGCCAAAAAUGAAGAUAGCCAGUCACAUUAACAGUUUUACCUUGAUGGUUGAAUUUUGUUUGCUGUUACUUAAACACUCCCUAAACACGUUCUACAUGUGAAUCGGCAUGCAUGCACGAACGCGACUAAAAAGCAGAGAGUAGAUUUUCCCCUGAUAAAAUGUUACUCCCAUUUGCAGUAAAAAAAAAAAAAAAGUCCCAAAAAAUUUGAUUCUCUUAUUUUUUGAGUGAAAAUUUGGAGUUCCUUUUUGCAAAAACAACCUUACUUUUCGGAUUCACUCCAACUAUGGACUCCGUUCGCAUGUAUCCCCUCAAACAGUUAAAAAGGAAAAAGUUGGGAGAGACCAUUGGAGCAGAUGUUGGAACGUAUUUUGUGUACUUUCGGCGCCUGAUGCUGACACGAAGAUAGACACAAGUGGUUUGAGCCCACUCGGAAUUGAAAUCAGUCUUUUAGCUGUGUGUACUUGCGCCACACCCUCGCAAGCCAGUACGUGAACCCAGCGUGUUCUCUCACUGGAGCUUUCCAAAGUGUUAAAAAGAGCGCUUUUUACUUUUGUUCAUACACAGAGUACAUAACCUGUGUGCUGAUUCACAUGUAGUAAACUGUUAAAGCAAAGGGCAAAACCGUUUAACCAUUAGGUAACCAUUGGUAAUGUGACGGUAAUUGACGGUAACUUUGACGGUAACUUGCGUCCAACACAAGAAGAGUCUUUUUAGAAGGCGGGACCAGUCGACCACCUCUAAAUUUGAAAGCAAUAGGUGCUAGUAUAAUGCACCUCACCUUCUUCCAACUAAUUUUUUCCUUUUUUAUUUUACUGCCACUGCUUAAAAAAAAAAAAAUAGAUGAUUUUUGAUACCACUUCCAUUUAUUAGUGUGCCAGUAUGUGUGUGUGCAUUUAUUUAUAAUAAUAAUAGUAUUAUCAUUCUUAGUAUUCGAAUUUGCUUAGCUGAAUUAAUAACCAUUCAUAUGCCGGUAUAUUAUGUAUAUUUUUUUUGUUUAGCCUUUUAAUUUUUUUUGUUUUGUGUGUGCCAAAGCAAUGCAUUCAAUACUUUUGAGCUUUUGACCAAUAAAUUCCUUUUUUUUUUAAAUAUACUUUUUUUUUUCCUCCUUGUGUUGCGGAAACAUUCACUUAUUGCUGAAACAUUCAUUUAAUUAUCGCUGGAACAUUCAUUUAUGGCAUUUAUUGAAGAAAAAAAAAUAGCUUGAUUUUUCACAAAAUUCCCAAUUCAUGACAAAGGACGAGGGAAAAAAAUUCCUUUAAUCUAUUCACAAAUUUCAAUUCCUCUUGGUUUUUUUAUUGGUUCUCCAAACACUGAGUUUUGCCACGUUCCUGCUAUAUUUGCAUUUAAAUGGCUGCCUUUUUGGGGGGUUAGUAUUACCAACGAAAAUUUUACCAUUUCGGUUUUGCCCCAUUAUAUUGAAUUCUUCCUAUAACUAUGCAGCUUUUUGCAUUCAUAAUGUUCUGGGAACCUUUCAUUUUUUUAUCAAAAUUGCUCCAUCAAAUUUUAAGAGUUUUUUAAGGGAAAAAGAGAAGAUUACUGUUUUCACUAGGCAUACAAAAGCUUUAUUGCCAAAUACGUUAACGUUUUGUUCAGCUUCUGAAUUUGCUCGUCUGUUGCUAUGGCGAUGUGUCAUCUUCUGCUUGGGGAUUUUUUUUUUGCCCAUUAGCCGCCCGGAUAUGUAUGUUUUCCAGCAUCUCUGCAUGCCAUCUUGGUAUCGUUUUGAUGUGUUGGUCAGACUCUCCAAGAGGUCUAGCAUAUAUUCUCAUCAUAAUCACCCUCAAAAAAAAGAAAAAAAAUGUGUGCAUGUUACUGCGCAUAUAUCUCCUUCAUGCUUUGGCGAUAUCUCAUUAAUCAAGCAUAGAAACACAUGUACAGACUUUUUUUUGGGUGUAUAAUUUUCUCAUCCAAUAUUGCAUCCAAAAUGUUUGUGGAGUUGACUAAGGAAACGUAACAGCGUUUUGUUUUGUGUGGUGAUCAUGUUAACGUUAGUUUGAUCGGCCUUCGUUUUGCUUUAGUAUUACGGUUCGUAUAGGGGACUUCGACUCAAAAUGUCUUCGAUGUUGGAAUGGAAGUAACUUAUGCUCCACUUGUCCUAUGCACUUGUGUCACACAGAGCAAUUAUCAUUAAGUGGCUUUUUCAAGUUUUUUUUGUUUAUCUUGUCGCUACCUCAUUAUCCGUAUUUGUAAAAUAAAAUAUUGGGAACAGCACUGCGUAACAAGAAGAUUUGUCACGGUUGGUUUUCAUUUUCUGUUGAUUAAAUUUUUUUUUUUUUUUAGCGUAUUUACACUUUUGAAUUGAUGUCUGAUGCAGUGUAUCUCUGCCUUCAUAUGUAGGGGAUUUGUAAUAUUUAUGCAUGAUAUUAUCGGGGAAAAUUGACAAGCUGUGUAGAUCAUUAAAACAUAUUCUGUUUAGAAGCUAGAUAUGUUGUUUCCUCCAAAUCUGGUUGCACUGUAUUUAAAUGAAUACGGGAGAGCACAAAUGAACACGCUUAAAUCGUAACUGCCUGUAUCGCAUUUCGUAUAUCCGACGCUAAUUUGUGCAUGACCUAGGCCAUUUAGUAUAGUUACAUUUGAACAAAACUGGCAUUGCAUAUACUAGCAUAUGUAUCAUUGAAAAAAAAGUAGGGUUUUUGUGGGGGGAAAAAAUCCUACAUGUUUUUUUUUAUUAUGGUGGUCAUGCAGUGGUCACCAUAGUAACUAAUCAAGAUGUAAUUUCGUAAUUAAUAUCAAAGGAACUAUUCAGAUUUAUGUAUAAAUGUACCUCAUAAUUAUAAGCCAGAAUUCUUUUUUUGUUUUGUUUGAAAUAAUCACACAAAAUGCGCAAAGAACUUGUAUAACUCUCGUAUAUUAUAUUUGUACAGAUUGAGAUUUGGUGCAUGCAACUCUAGUCGGGUGACGGGCCAGUAGAUCAGUUUUGGCAUAAUUGUUGGAUUGCGGGUACUAUACCUCGCAGUUUGGUGUUAAUUCUUGGAAGUUGUGUGGUUUAGCUACAGACCGUAGUACUUUGUCAUCUGGUUUUUUGUGUUGAUCAUUUUCCUUCUUUUCUGGUAAUUGUGAAAUGGAUUUGUUUUUGAAGGGACAAUUGAAGGGAAAUUUGGAUCAGGCCAUAUUGUUGAGGUUGUGGGGAAUAUUUCAACCCCUGUAUCACUAAAAACAUGACUGUACAAUUUGUUCUUAGGGGUUAAAUACUCAGACACGUGCAUUUGGUUGCACGUUGCGACGUUUUAGUUAAUCAGUACCUGUUGUAGUACGAACCAAUGCAGUAUAACCAUCAUGGUUGUCUCUUGUUUUGUCUCUUUGUUCUUCAUUGGUGUUGUAACACUGUUGCUACAUUCUCUGCCAUUCAGACAUGACCAAACCGCGUGGGAAAAAGUUGUCGAUCAAAUGUUAAUACGAUUUCUUCAUCUGUGGUGCCCUUAAAGUAACUCGUAUGUUUCCAUGUAUCAUCUAAGCUGCUUAUCAGUUCAAAUGCAAAGUUACGAGCUUGUCUUGAACUCGGAAAUAUUUAGAACAUGGGAAAAAUUAGUUUUUAUACGAUAUUCAACCUCUUAUUUUUGUUAUCUUGGCAAAAAUAGUUGUUCCGUGGAUGGUUGUUUGGAAUUAACUGUCAUUACAAAAAUAGCAAUACUACUACAAGUUGUAAAAACUACUACGAGUUGUACAAUGAACAUGUGGACUUUCCAACUUUUUGUCCGGAAUAUUCAGAAGAUUUCUUUCAAGGCACUCACUGCAGCCAUCUUGGUAUGGUUCUCCAAGUUCAAAGUACCAGUUGCCAUGAGUUUAAUGUCAGUCAUUAGCACCAGUCUGGAAAACGACUUGUGGUGCUUGGAUGCCAAUCAAUUUUUUUCUCCUUCAAAAAAAGAGUAAAACUUCUUCAGUGCAUCAGCAACCGGGGUUCAUUGCAAACAAACAAAAGUCCUUUUGAGGAAAAAAAAAAAACAACCUGUGAAAUUAGUAAUAAAAAAACAUAGUAGUAAUAUAUAACCAUAUAUGAUAUAUAUAUAAAGAAACUUAGCACGCAGUACUGUGUAUUAAUAAGGAAUGGAAAAACAAACAAAGAAACUAUGGGGCACGUUUGUAAAUUCUGCCCCUAGCUUGCACGCGUUACCGGUUCAGUAUUUGUAUUUCACUAGUUAUUGAAUCAAAUAAUUGAAUUUGAAAUUAAAAAAAAUUAAAAGGGACUUUUUUUGGCCACUGGUCACAGUUGGUGGAUUUUGUCAGUGGAGUUGGUCAGUUGAUGCCUUUGUAACAAUCAAGCUUUCUUGUUGAUUUUCUGGUUUGUAUAAAGUUCACUCUGUCUUCUCGAAUCAGAUGAUUCCAUUGGAUUGUGUUGAACCUUUUGAUAAAUGACGUUUUUUUGGUUGCCGUUGUGAUUUGUCGGUGGCAAGAUUAAUUACCUACAAAUGGCACAAGUUGUUGUCUUGUGCUGUACUUUCAUUGUUAAUUUAUGUCAAAUUGUUUCUGGUAAAUCGCAAACUUGAUAAUGUUCUUGUGCAUUUUUUCAUCACUUAACCCAUCACACAUUAGGAUUCUAUAGUUUAAAAAAAAAUAUGUAUAUGUUCUGUGUGUAUUGGAAAGGGCCUGUCUACUAGAUUAGGAAGAAAUACUAAGGAAUUGUAUCACAAACAAAUGUAUGUUUUUGAGUGUUAAAUGCUACUAAAAAAAAAAAUAUCCAGAGUGCUAUAUACAUUUAUACAGAGGAUGCCAUUGCAGAAUAGAGAGUUGUUUAGCUAAUACAAAACAUAUAUGUAAUCACAUUUCAUAGGAAAAAGGGAAGUUUUGUAUAUGCCUCACAUUUAUCGUGCGGAUUUUGCUAAAGAUCUGGCCAAUCAGAGCCGUGUAUUUGUAACCCUAUAUCCACUUAUUUGCAUAAUUUGCAUAUUUGUAGCGGCCUGUAUUCAGGGUGGUGUUGCAUUAUUAUUAUUUUUCUUGACUUAUUUUCUGCCGGUAAUCUGUAACCAAGCAAUGAGUAUAGAAAUAUAACAAGCAUCUGAAUUGGCCGUUAUACCCUAGGCUUAUUUCCUGUAUCAUUGCUGUUUUUCUUCCCAUUUUCAGUACAGUAGACAUGUAUUAAUUUUAAAACUCCAAUGGACCAACCGGUAUAGCAGCCCCCAAAAAAUAGAUUAUUAUAAACUAUAUUAACGUUGCAAAAGUUUAAAAUCCUCUGCUGGAAUACAAAAUAUGUAAAAUAGUUUGCUACAAAAACUGGAGACAAUCUUUUUGCCUUUUCACAUAAACCAAUUUUAAAAAAGGAAUGUUACAUUUUGGCUUUAUAUAGCAGAAGGUUUAAAACACAAAGACCAAUAUGGGAUGCGAUCACUUUCAAUCACGAUGGCCCUCUUUAAUGGUGAAUGCAUUGUCCUAGCUCUAUUGUUCAGAUAAUUCGUCCUGGAACAGUUGCUCUGAACAAUAGCCACCACAAAACUUGCGCCAUUAAAGGGGGGCGUCGUGAGUGUAUACAUUGAUCACAUGCACAGAUUUGUCUGCAUGCUUGUAUGUAAAAUGAAAGUUUGUAGGAUCCAACAAUUUUGUCUCCAACUCCAACCUCGUUGUUACAGAUAUCUAUUCUUACAAGAAACAAAGAAGGGAUAUGGUUGAGUUCUCAAGGGGGAAAAUAUCAAAUUGUGGGGUUCAUCAACUGUCUCAUGUCUGAAAGGCACGCACACUGUAAUGUUCAGGUAAAACAAUUUAACUUUGGAGUUUGUGUGUACCAAGGCCUGUGGCAUUUGAAUUAAAUUUGGCAGGACAUUUCAAAUCGCAUUGUUUCAAUGCUCAUCAGUUUACGAGACAUUGGACAGCAUUGUCGGAACGUAGUGGUAUUUUUUUUUUAAUAACCAGACUUGAUUGAUAACGUGACUGUACGCUCAGACUAGUUUGUUAGAUUGCAUAUAUCAGAAGACUUUCUCACGUUUGUUUGGUCCAGAAAUUGGUGAAUGCCGUUUUCAAAGACAAAAUUUUUGAAGGGAGUUUCCGAGUUUUGACAUUUAACGCUUAUUAACGGAGGACGGAAUUUAGCAGUUAUAUAUCGAAAAAUAUUUAAGCUCUGGUAGCUUUUAGUAAUUUUUUUAUUAUUAUUAUUUUUUUUGUUGGUCGAGUUUAUUCAAUGUGUGAGUGGGUGGUAUUUGUUGUUUGACUGAUUAAUAAUUAUAUAAUGCACCAUUAUUAUGAUAGUGUGUAGUCUGAGCGAAGAGCGCCCUCUCUUGUUUCGGAGAGCGAGCAGGGGGAGAACGGUUUCGUAGGGCGGUUUUGCAAUACACCACAGCUGCAUUGUGUUAUAUUGGAGACAAUAAAUGCGCGAGUGUAAAAAACAUUA